AUGACUGUCCUUCCUAGCACCGACUCCCUAAACGUGUCCACAGACAACGGAAUCCAGCUGAAACAACUGACAAAACCUGAUGCUAACAACGGGAAGAAUGACGUGGAGAUAUCCAACCAUUGCCUGGAUAUCGCCGAGGACGAUGCCUAUGAUAGAGGUCCCUGUGCUCGAUGUAUGGAAGUCUUGGAGAAAGCCAUCGACGCAGUCUGUGCUCGGGUGAUGCCCCUUGUUCAGAGAUGGUACAAGGUGGCGUUACUUCUGGUGUACCUUGUCUAUUUCUCAUACUGCAUGUACUAUAGAUUCGGAGAUGAGGGAUCCAUUGUGCUUGUUGUUGGCACUGCCCUGUUGGCCAUGUACCUCUGUAGAAAGUUGGUGUUGCAACACUGCUGGAAGUGUGAUGUAUCUGCCAGCCUGGCAAGGGCUUUGUCGUCACCGAAGGGGAGGAAAUGUCGUAUGGUCUUACGUUACGGGUCGUACAUUGGUGUCACAGCCGGGCUGAGUGUCUUCCUGGCUCUGGACGUGCUCCGGUACAACCCACAGAACUGUCAGUCUCUCAUUGGAAUUGCAGUCAUCAUCAUCAUCUGCCUUCUGCUCUCCAAGAAACCCAGUAAAAUUAAUUGGCAUCCAGUUUUCUGGGGAUUUGUGAUCCAGUUUGUGUUCGCCAUUUUGACCCUGAGAACCAGUUUUGGCUACUCAGCGUUCAAGUGGGUCGGUGACUUGGUGCAGACGUUGUUAGGAUUUUCUGACGCUGGAUCCGAGUUUGUCCUUGGCAAGAACUUUAAGUCCAUGGGCUUGUUGUUUUCUAUCGCGGGAAUUAUCCUUUUCUUCAACUGCAUCAUCUGUCUGCUGACACACUGGGGUGUGAUGGAGGUCAUCGUCAUCAAACUGGGCACGCUCCUGGGUUUGUGUCUGGAGACUGGGCCUGUGGAGUCCAUCAAUGCUGUGGCCAAUAUUUUUAUGGGAUUUUCAGAGGUGGGACUUCUAAUCCGGCCGUACCUGACACUUCUCAGCAAGUCGGAGCUGUGUGCGGUCAUGACUGGAGGCUUCGCUAGCGUGGCUGGAGGCAUUCUGGGUGUCUUUAUUCUCUUCGGGGCCCCAGCCAACCAUCUCCUGACGGCGGCCGUUAUCUCCGCCCCAGCCGCCUUGGCCCUCACCAAAGUCAUCUACCCUGAAACUGAGAUUGUCAACUCAGCGGCUCAGACAAACAUGAAACUCAGGGAUGAGAAUGACAAGAGAAAGAACGCAUUGUCCGUGUGUGCAGACGGUGCUGUUAUGGCAUUCCAUAUCUUGCUGCCUAUCGCUGCCAACAUGAUGGCUUUUGUGUCACUCAUCAACAUGACGGACAACAUCCUUAACUGGUUUGGUAAAAGGGCAGGAGUGGAUGGCUUAAGCUUUGAUGUAAGCACUAAUUCAUUAGUUCAUUUAUCUGUGCUUACUUGUUAUAUCCGUUUCGCCUACAUCAUGGGAGCGCCACCUGAAGACUGUGGUCGAGUAGGAGCGCUCAUUGGAAUCAAACUCUUCGCCACGCCCAUGGUCGGCUAUGCUGAACUCGGCAAGAUGAUACAGAACAGGAAGAUAUUUGAGGCUUACAUGAAGACUGCCAACAGCUCUUGGCACUGGUCAGGGCCGGACAUUGUCCUAGAUUCAAUCAACAAAACUUUACCGUACGGGGUUAUGACGGUACGAUCAGAAGUGAUCACCACCUAUGCCAUGUGUGGUUUCUCAGCCAUCACUGCAAUUGGGAUAUGUAUUGGCUCCAUGACCGCGAUGUGUCCAGCCAGGAAACAAGAUGUCAUCGACAUUGUUUUGGUCGCCUUUCUUGCUGGCAAUCUGGCUAGCUUUGCUACCGGAGCUGUGGCAGACACAAGACAGGCAAAGAUGUAG